AUGACUGUAGUUCUUAGAUCUCUCAAAUUCUUAGAGUUUAAAAUAUCUACCUCAGAAAAAAUACCGUACUCUUAUUUUAAAGAGGUUUCAGCUCAACAUUGGCAACUAAAACAUUAUCUGAGCUUUCGUUUAAGAAAUGACGAACCUAUUUUGUCGUGGUCUACAAUAUACAACGAAUGGCGACAGUCUCUUGAAUUUAUUUCUAAAAACUUGAAUAAAACUAUUCCAGGAUGUGUGUCCAGCUUUUGCGUUGAACUACUAAAAAUUUGUGACACUUUUGAAGGUGCCAUGGUUCUCCGAGGCUGUGAGAAGUUUUAUGAAGAAUUUUAUCAACGAAGUAUUGAUCUGCAAAUUGCUGAAAGACGUCGACUCUUGGAAACAACAAUAUUUUCGGAACAAAAGUUUACGGAAUUCUUACAAGCAUCGGGUCAAAAGCGAAUAGUGGAGGAUAUUGAAGAAGCCGCAUCGUCCAAUGAAAAGCGUGUUUGUCAUAACGUCGUGCCUGAAUUUUCCCGAAAUUGCGACAUAGAAGAAAAUAAAAACAACGAGGAGUCUGAUUUAUUUAACAAUCAAGAAGGAGGUGUUGAAUAUGACACCGAAGUUAGAAAUCUUUUGAAUGAAUCAGAGACCUGUUCACAGGAACUUAGCACCAUUCUAGCCGCUUUUAGAACCUAUCAACAUGAAGCAAAGAAUAUUAUUUCGGAAAAUGAAAUUAUGGAUUUAAGACCAUCUUCUGAAUUUGUUCUCUUGUACCUAAAAGAAGUGGAGUAUGACUUGUUAAUCGAAAAGGUUUUUGAGCCUAUUGACAAAAUCUUUCCAAAAGAGGCUGAUGACUUUCUAAUCGAUUUCUUUUCAGAGGUAACUUAUUUAGUGCUUCGUUGGCGGAUUGUAAAUCAUAUACCAUCGUAUCAAAAACUAAGCGAACAACAAUGGGAGGAUAAAAUCGAAAGCUUGAUGGAAGAUAAUUCAGGGCAAAAUAAAUUUAUAAUAAAGUUAAAAAGAUUAAUAAUAGAAACGUUACCGAUUUUCAACAAUUAUCCAUAUUCUUGCAGAGGUGGCAAGGCUAUCAAAGCCUCUACGUAUCGAAAAACCAUGAUGAACCAGAAAGGAAGCGCAGAUCGUGCGGAUGGGAUAGCAUACACAUCCAACCAACAAAAUUCUUAUGAAAUUUCUGUUACUGAGGGGAGCCGGUCAUACGUUACGGAAAAAAACAAAGAAAUUUGUGAUUUCAUUCAAAAUGCAAGAGCGGCAAAGGAUAUGAUUAACUUUGUUGUAACUAAGGAAGUAUUACAUAAACGACCACUUCCAGCAUAUUUUCGAACAUUCAUGGUCCAAGUUUUCGAGUUUAACUUGCGGUUCUAUUUUAUGGAAUAUCUUGCUCAGUAUUGUAUCUUCGAAAUUGAAACAUGCGAAGUACCUACGGGAUGGAAGGAAACCCUGCAAUUUUCCUCUUUUUAUCGCGCAAUUGUAACUUGGGCACUAUUGGUAGGAGAAGCCGAUAAAAAAUUUCAAGAAUCAAGGAAUAAAAGGAGUUCACGUCUAAGCAAUUCUCACAAUAUACGAAAAUUGCUAAGGCUUUCACAUAAUGACGAUCGGGGCGGUACAAAAAAAGACAUGACGAUGAAUAAGCUUUUCUAG